AUGGGCGAUGGUGGUGAAGAUGCAAGCGAAACAAUAUUUGGACUAUCAUCAGAGCCAGCGGAUGCGGUGGUAGCGGAGGGCGAGAGCGCCGUGCUGGCCUGCGGGGCGCCGCCACCCGCGCGUCUCUCGUGGCGGUACAGCGCCACUGCGCCCCCUACCAGAGACCACGCAUUACAACGCGCUGAUACUUACAGGAAGCAGCUCGCGAACGGCUCUCUGGUAAUAGAGAGCAUGUCGUUGGCGUUGGCUGGACAGUACCAGUGUGUGGCGACGGUGGACGGCGUCGGUACCGUCGUGUCGAGAGUGGCCACCGUUUUUUUAGCCGAAGUACCUGAACUAGGCGAAGGUCCACGAGUGGUGAUGGGCGUUUUGGGGUCCCCGGCGCUUCUGUCCUGUCCCAUUCAGCUACCCCAAAGGCUAGCAGUGCGGAUCAUACCUUCGCCCUCCGCACCGCAGCCCGAAAGGCGGGUGUACGGACUCGCCAAAAUACAUGCUCCGCCACCAGUGUUAAAACUGAACGUGACUUGGUUGAAAAACGGUUCCCCGGUGCGCAUGGAGGCGGCGCGCGUGUCGCUGACGCCGGGCGGCGCGCUGGAGCUCGACCCGCUGCGCGCGCACGACGCCGCGCUCUACCGCUGCGUCGUCGCUCUGGCGCACGCGCACGGACAUCUCGCGCCCAGACUCGGACCGGAGGUGGAGCUGCGCGUGAACAGUGAACUGGCUAACCUGGAGUCUGCACCACGGUUCAUCACAACACCGCAACCGGUCACCGUCAUGGAAGGUGCGUCUGUGACGUUCGACUGCGCGGCCGUCGGGAAUCCUAAGCCGGAAAUGAUUUGGUUGAACAACGGUGUCGCUAUCGAUCUCAACGACCUGGACUCGCGGCUGUACCUGGUGGGCUCGGGCUCGCUGCGCGUGGCGGCGGCGCGCGCGCAGGAUGCGGGCGCCUACACGUGCCGCGCCACCAACCGCCUCGACUCCGCCGACCACUCCGCGCAGCUGCACGUCAUGACGGCGCCGCGCGUGGCGCUGCGCGAGGGCGGCGUGGUGCGCGCGCGCACGCGCGGCGACGUGACGCUGCGCUGCGAGGCGCGCGGCCGCCCCGCGCCCGCCGUCUCGUGGCUCAAGGACGGCGAGCCGCUCACGCCCAACGACCACGACAUCGCGCUCGUGGACGGCACGUCGCUGCGCAUCCGCGGCGUGCUGGACGUGGACGCCGGCGUGUUCCAGUGCAGCGCCAGCUCGCCCGCCGGCAGCAGCGUCGCCGCGCUGAGGCUGCUCGUGACGCCGCACGAUCACAAACCGAACCCCACCCAACCGAAGUCCUUUACAAAUUCCACUCAAGAUAUAUUCAAUACCCUCAUAUCCGGCGACUUCGACCAAACCCUAGACCCCACUCCCGAGGACCUAGACUUCCUCGGCGAGACGUCCUCCGCGUACACGUCUGAACCGGUGUACGACGAUUAUAACGAAAACACUCUAGAUAACGACUAUUCCUUUCACGCUGCUGAAGAUUUGGAUACUGAGGAAUUUAGGAACGGUAACGCGACUGCCGUCUCUCCGCCCAAGGACCUGAAGGCGGUCAUCGUGAAGCACAGGUUCGUGACGCUGACGUGGCAGGAGCCGGACCAUAAGUUGGAGGAGAUCACCGGGUACGCUAUCCUGUACAAGGUCAAGGGGAGUGAGCGCGAGCGCCUCUCCCGCGGCGAGGCCCGUCGGCACGAGAUGAACGUGGCCUCCCUCCAGCCCAACACCACGUACCAGUUCAAGGCGGUGGCGCUCACCGACCACGCCGUCUCCCCUCCCACUGAGAUAAUAGAGGCGACGACUCCUCCGGAGGAGUUGACGUACGGUCCGCCGCUAAACGUGCGAGUGGAGGCGGCGGGCGCGCACGCGCUGCGCGUGUCGUGGGACCCGCCCGCCGCCGCCCGCGCCCCGCCCGCCAGAUACGCCGUGUACUACACCGAGGUGGAGAGCGGCCGCGAGCAGGCGCAGUGGGCGGAGCGGGCGCCCGCCGUGCUGGGCGCGCUGCGCGCCGCCGCCGCCUACCGCGUGCGCGUGGCGGCCGCCGGCGGCGCCGCCAGCGCCGACGCGCUCGCGCGCACGCGCACCGACGCGCCCGCCGCGCCGCCCGCCAACGUGUCCGCCGCGCCGCUGUCCGACACCGCGCUGCUGGUGCGCUGGGAGGCGCCUGUGGCGCGCACGCACCGCGGCGCGCUGACGGGCUACAAGCUGCGCUACCGCGCGGUGGGCCCGGCCGGCGGCGCGGCGCCCCCCGCGGGCGCGGCCCCCCGCCGGCGCGCCGACUCGCUGACGACGCCGGCCGACACGCGGCGCGCCGAGCUGCGCGGCCUGGAGCCCGCCACCUCGUACCAGAUCCGUGUGUGCGCGAUGAACGCAAACGGCUCCGGCCCGUUCAGCGACUGGGUGUCGGCCAGCACUCAGGGCCGACGCCGCGCCGACAGCGCCGUGCCGGGCCGGCCGCCGCCGCUCACCACGCGCGCUGGUCGCGACUGGAUCUCAGUGUGGUGGGGGGGCGAUGAUGGCUCCGGCGGCGCUCUGGUGCGCGGCUACUUGCUGGGGUGGGGUCUCGGCGUGCCAGACUCACACUCUCGCGAGUUGCCCGCGCACGCGCAUUCACACGUCAUACGCACUCUCGAAUCAAACUCGGAGUACGUGAUAUCGCUGCGUGCGAGCAACGCUCUCGGUCUCGGGCCGGCGGUGUACGCGACGGUCCGGACGAAGCCGUCCGAGCCGGAUGACGAUGAACCGGACGAGCCAGACGAACCUGACGCGGAUGAACCAGACGAUCCGGACGAGGAGGAGGAUGACACCCCACCUCUUAUACCUCCUGUUGGGGUCAAGGUGAUAAUGUUGAGUGGUACCACCGCUGUUGUUUACUGGACGGAUCCUACGCUACCAAAAGGACAAACGGCGACAGACGGUCGUCGAUACGCGGUGAGGUGGUCGGGUGGUGGUCGCACGCGCGUCUACAACGUCUCCGACCUCAACUGCAUGGUAGACGACCUGCGACCCUACACGCACUACGAAUUCGCUGUCAAGUUGAUCAAAGGCGAGCGCGAGUCGGCGUGGUCGAUGCUGGCGUCGAACACGUCGCUAGAGGCCGCGCCGGGCUCGGCCCCCCGGGACCUGCGGGUGUCGGCCGCCGCGCCCCCGGCCCGCGCCGCCGACCUCUCGUGGAGCCCCCCGGCGAGGCCCAACGGGCAGCUCACAGGCUACAUCAUAAUGUACGCGGCGCAGCGGGGCGCCGCGGGGGCGGCGGAGGAGUGGACGACGGUGACGGUGGCGGGCGAGCGUGGGCGGGCGCGAGUGGAGCGGCUGCGCGCACGCACUACCUACCACUUCAAGAUCCAGGCGCGGAACGGCAAGGGACUCGGGCCGUUCAGCCCGCCCGUCGCCUACACCACGGGGCCCGAAGGCGGCGAGGGCGGCGGGCUGGCCAGCGCGACGUCGGCGUGGCUGUGGGCGAGCGCGGGGGGCGCGUGCGCCGUGCUGGCGCUGGCGGCGGCGCUGGCGCUGUCGCUGUGCUGCCGCCGGAACAGCGCGCCGCUGUCGCCCGACACCAGCACGUACCAGAAGGCGUCCGCGUCUGCGGCCAUCAAGCCGCCGGACCUGUGGAUACAUCACGAUCAGAUGGAGCUGAAACACAUGGACAAGAGCUUGCACAGCUCUGCCAUCUCGGCGGGCAGCGUGGAGGGCAGCGCGCUGGUGUCGUCGACGCUGACGCUGGCGCGCGCGCCGCCCGCGCUGGCGGACUACGAGCCCGCGCGCCACGCGCCGCCGCCCUCGCUCGCCAGCCUCGACCGCCGCUACGUGCCCACCUACGUCGAGUCCCGCCGGUCGCCGUCGGUGGGUGGUAGUGGUAGCGACGACACGGCAGUGCUGCGCGCGUCUCCGUACCGCUGCGAUUACCGUUGCGACCCGCUCGUGCCGUGUCUAGCCAUGACAGGAGUAGGCGUGGGCGUGGGAGUUGGAGUGGGAUGCACGGGGACCUGUGAACGACGGAGGCAUCUACCGGAUCAGAGUACGCCGCUGCUGUCGGGCGUGGCGCCGCUGGGCUCCCCGCAGGCGUCGCUGGCGUCGCUGCAGCACCACCCCGCGCACCCGCCGCCCGCGCCCUGCGGCUCGGGGCAGUGCCCGCUGGGCAGCGCGUGCUCGGCGCCCGGCGGCGCGGGCUCGGGCUCCGACGUGUACGCCAGCGCCGCCUCGGCCCGCGAGCGCGGCCACUACGUCGCCUACGAGCCGCUCGGCCACUACACGCACCGCGAUUCUCUGAGCAGCGAGGCGGGCACGGCGGGCCCCGCGGUGGGGGGGCCGGUGGGGGGCGCGGGCUCGCUGCAGCGGCGGGCGGGCUGCGGGCCCCUGCACAGCUUUGCGUUGCCCGACACCGCCUCCGACCACUCGACGCCCUCGCACUCCAAGGCCGGUAGCGUGAGGGACACGUCUCCUUACAAGAAGAGUGCGAGCUCGUCGCCCGGACACAUUCCUAACAGACUCCAGCUCGGUGGCAGCGUAUCCCACCGCGCCGAGGAGUUGGAGCCGCUGACCCCGUCGCGCUCCACCGAGCGCCUCCACCGCGAGAUGCAGAACCUCGAGGGUCUCAUGAAGGACCUGUCCGCCAUCACGCAGAACCAGUUCCACUGCUAGCGUCCGGCCGACGCGUCCGACCGGUACCGGAUCGACGUCUGACCGACACGUGACGCCGCGUCGGGUCGAUGGGACGUGACUCGACGUUACUGAGUAACUAUCGGUUCAUACCGAACUCGUCACUGUGACCUCUGGACUUUUUCAAGAUAUUUGAAAUGUUAUGACGAUUCUAUUGAAGAAUUGUGGACGAUACGUUCGGUAUUUGUAAUUCUCUUUUCUUAUUGUAUUAGGAAACAAUCACGCAGUGCGGUGGAGUUAUUCUGUAAGAUCGAACUCGAAGCUCACCGUAGAACCCGAUCGUGAAAUGUCAGAAAGUGACAUUCGAUAUU